AUGGUACUUACUCGGAAACACGUCACCCUUAUCGGUGCUGGGACACAAGGACGACGCCUUGCAUUUAUGUGGUCAAGCACAGGCAAUGAUGUCCAUCUGGUCGACAACCAAGAGGCUCAGCUCCAGGCCAGCAUUGAGGCUAUUGAUGAAUUUCGAAGGAGUUCCAACAAAGAAAACGCUUCAUGGGGAAAGAUAAUUACCCAUUCAAGAGAAACACUAUCUGAGGCUCUCCAAGCCGCAUGGUUAGUGGUAGAGUGUGUCCCUGAGCGACUUGACCUCAAGCAAAAGGUCAUAUCUGAGCUAGAUUCCAUCGCCCCGAAACAGACGAUUAUUGCUUCAAACUCUAGCAGUUACUCCUGCUCCGAGAUCUUGAAGGGUCUUAACUUGAAGCAUGAGAGUCGGUUCCUGAGCGCUCACUCUUAUUGGCCACCUGAAGUACCUGAAAUCGAGAUCAUGGGUCACGAAACCACAGAUCCUUCGCAUGUUGAUCUAAUGAUGAAGCAAUGCAAAGCCCAUGGCUUUCCUCCCUUUCACGUCAAGAAGCCAUCGAUGGGGUACAUCUAUAACAGAAUAUGGGCAGCUAUCAAGAGAGAAGCUCUUCUCACAGCAGCAGAAGGCGUCGCAACUCCUGAAGAAAUCGAUGGUAUCUUCAAAGGAGUUCUAAAGACACCCAAAGGACCAUUUGAACAGAUGGAUUUGGUCGGUCUAGACGUUGUUAUGGACAUAGAGCAGCAUUAUGCUGAUGCAAGGGGGAAUAUUCCGAGUGAACCCCAGGAAUUUCUGCAGAAGUUCCUAGAUGAAGGCAACCUGGGUAUCAAGAGUGGGCGAGGCUUUUACGAUUACACCAAAAGAUAA